AGCAGUGACAACAGUGACAAUGGUGACGACGGUGACAACAGUGACAACGGUGACAACCGUGACAGCGGCGACAACAAUGACAACAGUGACAACAGUGACAACAGUGACAACAGUGACAACGAUGACAACAGUGACAACGGUGACAACGGUGACAACAGUGACAACGGUGACAACGGUGACUACAGUGACAAUGGUGACAACAGUGACAACGGUGACAACAGUGACAACAGUGACAGUGGUGACAACGGUGACAACAGUGACAACGGUGACAACUGUGACAACAGUGACAACGGUGACAGCAGUGACGACAGUGACAACAGUGACAACAGUGACAAUGGUGACAACAGUGACAACAGUGACAACGGUGGCAGCGGUGACAACAGUGACAAUUGUGACAACGGUGACAACGGUGACAACAGUGACAAUGAAACAACGGUGACAACAAUGACAACAGUGACAACGGUGACAACGGUGACAACGGUGACAACAGUGACAACGGUGACAACUGUGACAACAGUGACAACGGUGACAACAGUGACAACACUGACGACAGUGACAACAGUCACAACAGUGACAAUGGUGACAACAGUGACAACGGUGGCAGCGGUGACAACAGUGACAACGGUGAAAACAGUGACAAUGGAAGAACGGUGACAACAAUGAUAACAGUGACAACGGUGACAACGGUGACAACAGUGAAAACAGGGACAACAGUGACAACUGUGACAACAAUGACAACAGUGACAACGGUGACAACAGUGUCAACAGUGACAACAAUGAGAAUGGUGACAACAGUGACAAUGUUAACAACAGUGACAACAGUGACAACGGUGACAACAGUGACAACGGUGAGAACGAUGACAACAGUGACAACGGUGACAACAGUGACAACGGUGACAACAGUGACAACAGUGAAAACAGUGACAACGGUGACAGCGGUGAAAAAGGUAACAACAGUGAAAACAGUGACAACAGUGACAACUGUAACAACAAUGACAAUGGUGACAACGGUGACAACAGUGACAACGGUGACAACCGUGACAGCGGCGACGACAAUGACAACAGUGACAACAGUGACAACAGUGACAACAGUGCCAACGAUGACAACAGUGACAACGGUGACAACAGUGACAACGGUGACAACAGUGACAACAGUGAAAACAGUGACAACGGUGACAGCGGUGAAAACGGUAACAACAGUGAAAACAGUGACAACUGUAACAACAAUGACAACAGUGACAACGGUGACAACAGUGUCAACAGUGACAACAAUGAGAAUGGUGACAACAGCGACAACAGUGACAAUGGUAACAACAGUGACAACAGUGACAACGGUGAGAAAGGUGACAAAAGUGACAACAGUGACAACAGUGACAAUGGUGACAACGGUGACAACAAUGAGAACAGUGACAACGGUGAAAACAGUGACAACAGUGACAACGGUGACAACAGUGACAACAGUGAUAACAGUGACAACGGUGCCAACAGUGACAACGGUGACAACGGUGACAAUGGUGACUACAGUGACAAUGGUGACAACAGUGAGAACGGUGACAACAGUGACAACAGUCACAACAGUGACAGCAGUGACAACAGUGACAAUGGUGACGACGGUGACAACAGUGACAACGGUGACAACCGUGACAGCGGCGACAACAAUGACAACAGUGACAACAGUGACCACAGUGACAACAGUGACAACGAUGACAACAGUGACAACGGUGACAACGGUGACAACCGUGACAACGGUGACAACGGUGACUACAGUGACAAUGGUGACAACAGUGACAAAGGUGACAACAGUGACAACAGUGACAGUGGUGACAACGGUGACAACAGUGACAACGGUGACAACUGUGACAACAGUGACAACGGUGACAGCAGUGACGACAGUGACAACAGUGACAACAGUGACAAUGGUGACAACAGUGACAACAGUGACAACCGUGGCAACGGUGACAACAAUGACAAUUGUGACAACGGUGACAACAGUGACAAUGAAACAACGGUGACAACAAUGACAACAGUGACAACGGUGACAACGGUGACAACAGUGACAACGGUGACAACUGUGACAACAGUGACAACGGUGACAACAGUGACAACACUGACGACAGUGACAACAGUCACAACAGUGACAAUGGUGACAACAGUGACAACGGUGGCAGCGGUGACAACAGUGACAACGGUGAAAACAGUGACAAUGGAAGAACGGUGACAACAAUGACAACAGUGACAACGGUGACAACGGUGACAACAGUGAAAACAGGGACAACAGUGACAACUGUGACAACAAUUACAACAGUGACAACGGUGACAACAGUGACAACAGUGACAACAAUGAGAAUGGUGACAACAGUGACAAUGUUAACAACAGUGACAACAGUGACAACGGUGACAACAGUGACAACGGUGAGAACGGUGACAACAGCGACAACAGUGACAACAGUGACAAUGGUGACAACGUAGACAACAGUGACAACGGUGACAACCGUGACAACGGUGACAACAAUGAGAACAGUGACAACGGUGACAACAGUGACAACAGUGAUAACAGUGACAACAGUGACAACGGUGACAUCAGUGACAACAGUGACAACAGUGACAACGGUGACUACAGUGACAAUGGUGACAACAGUGACAACGGUGACAACGGUGACAACAGUGACAACAGUGACAACAGUGACAGCAGUGACAACGGUGACAACGGUGACAACGGUGACAACAGUGACAACGGUGACAACAGUGACAAAAGUGACAACAGUGACAACGGUGACAACAGUGACAACAGUGACAACAGUGACAACGGUGACAACAGUGACAAUGGUGACAACAGUGACAACAGUGACAACGGUGACAACAGUGACAACAGUGACAACGGUGACAACGGUGACAACGGUGACAACAGUGACAACGGUGACAACAGUGACAAAAGUGACAACAGUGACAACAGCGACAACGGAGACAUCAGUGAGAACAGUCAAAAUGGUGACAUCAGUGAGAACAGUGACAACGGUGACAACGGUGACAAUGGUGACAACAGUGACAACAGUGACAAUGGUGACAACAGUGACAACAGUGACAACGGUGACAACAGUGACAACAGUGACAAAAGUGACAACAGUGACAACGGUGACAUCAGUUACAACAGGGACAACGGUGACUACAGUGACAAUGGUGACAACAGUGACAACGGUGACAACGGUGACAAUAGUGACAACAGUGACAACAGUGACAACGGUGACAACGGUGACAACGGUGACAACAGUGACAACGGUGACAACAGUGACAAAAGUGACAACAGUGACAACAGUGACAACGGAGACAUCAGUGAGAACAGUCACAAUGGUGACAUCAGUGAGAACAGUG